AUGGAUAAAGUUAAUGUCAAAGGAGUUGGCAGUUCUCAUCAUUUGGCCCACUUGCACUCAAGUAAAAGCAAACCUACCAAGUUGCUUCAAAAUGCUCUACCCAAAGGUGAGGUGUAUAGUUGAUUGCUUUGAGAGUUUCACCAACACCCCAAGUGGAUUGGAUUUGGCUGCAACAAUGUGAAGUGAGUAUAAGCAUCACUAUACCUACAAAGUGUUAGUGGCUAUAACUCCAACUGGUGCAAUUUCAUAUGUUUCUCCUGCAUAUGGUGGCAGAGCAACCAACAUUUUCAUUGUUUGUGAUCCUGGGUUCCUCUACCUCAUUGAACCCUCUAUCUGCCAUGACCUCAUCAUAUGGUUAUAUGAUGAGGUCAUGGCAGAUAGAGGGUUCAAGAUCAGGGAGGAACUCAUGAUGAAGAUGGCAACAUUGUGCAUCCCACCAAGCAAGGCAAAGUCCAUGCAGAUGUUACCGUCAGAUGUGAGGAAGACAUCAAAUAUUGCUAAUGUGAGGAUUUAUGUCGAGCAAGCAAUUGGCACGAGCAAGCAAUUGGCAGAAUGA